AUGCAAAAGCCGAAACCUGGCGCUGAGGAAAUCACGAACUGGGAGCUCAUGAGUUCCGCCAUGCUUAAUUCUGAAGCAAGUUUCGAAGUACAGAAGCACUCUAAGGAGGGCAAUAUGCCCGAAAGGAACCCUCAAAGUACUGAUGACAACAAUAAGGAAGUGAAAGCAUCUGAAUUCACAAAAGAAGAUGCGACACCGGAAGAAGUUUCAAACAAAGACCCUUCUGCAGAACAAAAUAUUGCAGAAGAAAUCAAACCACCGCCUUACAGUGCUUUCUCGAAUCGUGAGAAAUUUAUCAUAUUUGUCGUUAUUGUCUACAUUGGAUUUUUGGGUCCACUGUCGGGCAACAUUUACAUUCCAGCAUUACCGAUAUUACAAAACAUUUUCAAUCUCUCUGCCACAGCCAUCAAUGCAACGGUUUCUGUUUUCAUGGCGGUAUUUGCAGUUGGUCCUUUAUUUUGGGCUAGUUUUGCUGACUUUGGAGGACGCAAGAUUUUGUACAUGAUUUCACUAGCGCUGACGGUCGUAAUCAAUGUUCUGCUGGCAGCCGUUCCGGUGAAUGUCGGUGCUCUGUUUUUCUUGCGUAUUAUGCAAGCGUUUGCUUCGAGUUCGGUCAUGGCGUUGGGAGCCGGAACGGUAAGCGAUAUAUGUGCACCAAAAGAAAGAGGUAAGGGCAUUGCAUACUUCAUGCUUGGACCUAAUAUGGGUCCGAUUGUAGCCCCAAUAAUUGCAGGAUUGAUAUUAAUGCACGGAUCAUACUGGAGGUGGUUAUUUGGAUUCACCAGUAUCAUGUCCGGUGUAGGACUGAUUGUAGUUAUUGUACUCCUUCCAGAAACGCUUCGUUGCAUCGUUGGAAAUGGAGAUACUCGAUGGGUUGAUUCGCACUCGAUGAGCACUGGGUCAGAAAUGAGAGGUCUGGCAGGAGCGAAAAUACUAAUUUGCAGUGACAUUGGACUUUUGAAGCCUGUGGCAGAAUCUCCCGAAUUCCAGCGCUUGUAUCCACGACCCCCAAAACCAAGUCUAAAAGUGUAUUGGAGCCUAGUUACAUUUCCUCCAGUUCUUAUUUGCUCGUUGACAACUGCUAUUUUAUUCGCGGCGUACUAUGCUUUUAGUGUGACGUUCUCGCAUUUCCUUCGUGAAAAGUACUUUUUGUCCAAUCUUCAAAUCGGAGCAUGCUACGUGUGCCCUGGAAUAGCUCUCCUACUUGGAUCUGUUUCAGGUGGACACCUUUCAGAUUAUUUUAGACUUCUUUGGAUAAAGCGUCAUCCCAACCAAACCUUUCCUGGCGAAAAACGGCUAGUUUUGCAAUUGUGGGGGUUGUUACUCAAUAUCUGCGGAUGCAUCGGAUACGGAUGGUGCAUCCAAUUUCACCAUCACUUGGCUGUCGUUUUAGUGUUUUCGUUUUUCACUGCAUUUGGGAUGACUUGGUGUUCGAAUACGAGCAUGACGUAUUUGACGGAAUGCAUUCCCAAGAGAGCGGCUGGAACCGUUGCGGUGGGUAGUUUUUUCAGAAAUCUUGCAGCUGGUGUGAGCUCUGUUAUUAUUAUGAAACUGUGUGACGAGAUGGGGGUGGGUUGGUGUUUCACUGGACUUGCAUUUUGUGACGUCGCCUCUAUGGCAGGAAUCGUUUACCUUAUCACGAGCGGUUCUAGAUGGCAACAAAAUCGAUGA